UAACCACUGUGCCACGAUGGGAACUCCAGUCCCUGUCAUUCUUUAAGAUCAUCACCAUCAAAGGCAGCCCUUUCUGACUGGGUUGAACCUUUUUCUGUAUUCCCAGACUUCGUGGUGGAUGAUCAGACAGUUUCCCUGCCUGGCUGGAAAAUUCCUGGCUCCCCCCACCCGUCUCCCCUUUUCUCCCCACCUCCCUCACUAACCCUCUGGUGAAACAGGAUUUUCCAGCAAGGAGACUUGACUUAGAACUGAUGGGACCUUAACAUGCCCAUCUUCAAACACAGGAAUGUUUAAUUUCAACACAAAACACAGGACAGGCGUCAACCCCCAACACAGGACGCCGGGCGCAGGCGGGCGCCAGCGGCGGAUGGACACACCAUCCUAAUGGUAUUUGCUUUUCUCCUGUGUAAACCAGAUGAUGGUUGCAAAGGAUUUGCCCUUUGCUUCUCUGUUGUUCUUUCAUACUCCAAAGAGAAGGCAGAUCAGCUUCUGCCCAAUAGUAAAGGGUACUGGACAACUGCGUUCUCACCUUUAAGCUCGCUGUUGGCAAAGCGAGGGGGGCGAGGAAGAGGACUGGCUGCCUGUUUGGAACGCGCCUUUACUUCAAAAGGGCGCAUAUUUUUUUUCUCCAAUAUCCCCGUUUCACGCUGGACCUGGAGUGUUUCCUCUUUGCCCCUGGACUUGGGCGAGCUGGUUGCUAAAAGCAAGGCGUGGGUGCAGGAAUGACACAUGAAAAGAGAAACAAAUCGAAUUCGAUGUCAGGAGUGAUCAUAUAAGGAAGAAUAAUUGUAGACGGGGGCAGGCAGGGGUUGGGUGUGAAUACGUGAGUCCCCACCCUUUUCGUCAGCGGUCACUCACCCUUGGACGCUAGAGCUUGUCUCAUUGAGAGAAGGAAUGUCGCUGGGGAAGGAGAACACUGGGCCGAGUGAGAGAAGGCCGGACCUCUAACCAGGAAGAGGCUGCCUCCGCCAGGCUGGGGAGAGGCUCAGAGCCGGGCUGCAGAUGGUAACAAAAAGUAAUCCAGAUGGGGUGCAGGUGCUGCAAAAUGAUACAAAGCUAUCUCUUCGACCCAGUUCAAGUGCCCUCCCCUGGUUAUGUCAACGAAGUAAACAGCUGCAAGUUAGAUGAAGACGACACUGUUAAAUUAAAAGGCAGGCAGAGCGGCGAAGUGCUAGUGCCUAAAAGUGACCUUCAGAGCAAGGACUCAGUGAGGACCGCGAGCACAAGCGGGCAGGAUGCUCCGCCGGAGCCCUGCCGCCCACCCCAGGGACCUCUCCCUCACGGGGACCCAGCGGGGGGACCCUGUGCAGAGAAGCCUGGCAGUGCAGUCAAUGGCCUCGGCCCUGCUACUGCCCUGCAGCUCCCUGGGGAUCCCAAGCUCCCCCAGGGAGACGGGGGCUCCCAGGCCAGUAGGGCGAACAGGGUUCCCCAGAGCCAGCCCUUCCUUGAAGGAGACAACGCCAGGGCACUGGACUGCGUGCUGCUGGCCUUGGAAGAGACCCAGGUCAUGGGAGAUGGGGACUCCAGAGCGCCUUCCACGGCAGGACAUCCCCCCCGGGAAGUCCAGGACCACGGCCUCCGGAUACCCACCCCGGAUUACCCGCAGUUCGAUGGCCCAGCCGAAGACAGUGUUGACGGCGAAGAAAAGGAUUGUCUUUUCGAGAGCCCCAGUGAGGAGGAGCCCCAGGAGGGCACGUACCCGAGGGCAAGAGAGCAGGGCUUGAAUAUGCCGUUUUCGGUGAAGAGAAGCUGGGAUUCCUUAAACGAGGCCGUGGCAACCGAAAUUCUGAGUGCCUACUUUAAAGAAGAUCCUACUCAGGACGUGCCUGCGGUCGAUUCUAGAAACGGGUGGCAGGAGGCCCCUGGCUCGCCUGAAGACAGGAGCGGGGAGCCAGCGGAAGAGGACGCGGAGGUGGCCGAAGCCCUUGCUGCCUUAGAAGCAGCUACGGCAGGGGAAGAGGUGGAUGAGGUGGAUUAGGGGAGGGGAUUUGCACAAGCAAACAAACUAGUGUCGAGCCGAGCGUGUGGGGAUGGAUGCAUUUACUCCUUAGAUGCAAAGCUGACCAGGGCAGCCUCCCUGGGUGCAGCCUUACCCAAGGUGGUUGACACCCAGCAUCUGUCUGAUGCCUAUGAGAUGCUGUUCCAGGCAGCUUGUUAAAUUCGGAGAGUCCCCCAGUCUAGGCAGGCAAUCACUCAGGACCCCAGAAUAAAACUCAGAAUGGGCCCUCCUGCUGGUGUCCACAGCAUGUGCAGAGACAUUCAAUAGCCUUUGCCCCCGCCCCGCCACAGAACAUCUGGUGCACAUGUUCUAGAGAAUGCGCUGAAAUCCUAGUGCUUAUUCCCAGGGGCAUAGAUUCACAGCACAUUCUGUUCCACUGUAAAUUCUUUAUCUUGCUUUUGAGAGCCAAACCUUAUAUCCAACGUGGGAAAGGUACCUACCCCAACUUAAAGUGCCUAAUGUAACCAUGGAGCAUGGCUUACCUUCAGGGACAAUCACCCAGGAAACUAAUAACUCACCACUUGUUGGACAGAGGUAAGCGCAGCAGCUUUCUAGGUGGAGCAGGCGCCUCCCCUAAGCAAAUGGUUAGUCAUUAGCAGUGAUAUCAGGACACCUUGACCUUAACUUUUUUACAUUAUUACUUUUUAAUUUCCUUUGGGACUGGGGAUUCUGGUCAAAAUAAUUCCUUAAGAGGCUGCUGUCUUGUUUGGGUUUUAAGUUCAUGAGAUUUGGAGCAGCAAAGAGAUAGAUGAAAUGUUUUACACCAUGUAAUGUCUGAUUGUGAUUAAAAUAUAACAACACCUGCA